CAAGCGUUACUUUUGUGAAACUGUCAACAUGCUCGCGCGACUUGGCGGGCCGUCGCAGGCGCGGAAGAAGUACGAGGAAGUGCUGCUACUACCUCGGAAACAACUGCAGCACAUGGACUUGUCGCCACCCAAGCCAAAGGUCGCGACGUCGUCGCUGGAGGGCGAACAUGGCUCGGGUGUAAUCAAGCGAAAGGAACUGUCCGAUGACGAGAACAAUGCCAUAUGGCGUCGGUGGAAGGACAAGAAGGAUGCGGAACGGCGGCGGCGGCGGCAGGCCAAGCCAGCGAUGUCCGACCAGGAGCUGACUCCUCUGGUCGAGCAAACCGUCGAAGAGUCGAGUACGAACGCCAUAAAAGCGGAAUUUCUCAAGUGGAAGCAAAAGAAAGACGGCGAACGGCGACGGGAAAAGCAGCGGAAGCGAGAGAUGCAAGCGUCCUGGGAGCGCGAGAAGGAACUUCAUCGACUGGCACUUCAAGAGAAACCACCACCGUCACAUCCGUUCCCGGCACUGCAUCCCACCCAGCAACAUCCUAGGAAACCCAAGGUCGACCCCGUUCGACUGCAGCAAGUCCAAGAGAAAGUCCUAGCAUCUCCGUAUGCCAAGCCCAGUCGACGGCGGCCGCCGCCGCAUGGAGGCUGCGUGCUGCCCCAGCUGGCCAAGGUUUCCGUUGCCACUGAGACGACUCGACCCGUGACGUCGUGCCGCUCUGCAGAGAGUCGGCCGUCCACAGAAGCAUCGGCGAUGUUCAUCGAAGCGCCUGCCGUGGACAUUGAACCGAGUUUAGAAUUGCAACACUUUCCGUCGUUGCCACCACCGUGUAGCGGUAGCUCGUCAUCUCGGCCUCAUCAGCGCAGCUCGAAUGAAGACGUGGCGACGUUGCCACCACUGCUGUCGGCGCUGACCUUGUUGGAGCGACGGGACGAAGAUGAGAGAGACGUGGAUCCGUCCCAGGUGUUCCCCAAGUCCGACGACCGUGGUGACGACGAGUAUGGCGAUAUUUAUGAAGACGGAGGGCAUGUUCAUUUAACAGCACCGCCACCACCUGUUCAAGAAAGGGACGCGACGUCGCGCGGCACGACCAGUGGGUAUGGCAGUGAAACGUGGGAGUAG